AUGUCUCUGACGUUAGGUGCAGCNAUUGUCGGCAAGGGCAACCACUCUGUCAACCACGUCCAAAAGAUCAAGCCUCGCGUCGAGCAGAUCUGCCAGGAGCAAGGCCUUCAAUACCACACUGAGCACAAUGAAGGCAGAAUCUACAUCAACCUCACUGGUGGAGCAGCCGUACCUCCUGCUGGAUAUGGCCAACCCCAACAGUACGACCAGUCUCAUCAUGGAAAACCCCAAUACCAGACUGCCUACCCUCUUGGAAACCAACAGGGCUACCAACAACAGCAAGGAUAUCCUUCUCAGCAACAAGGUUACCAGCAGAACAACCAACAGCAACAACAAGGAACCCAGCAGAUGGACUACGAAGAGGAGAUCAAGAAGAACCUUCCCAAGGUUAUUCGUUUCCUCAAGAAGAACUGUUGUACUGUCAUGUAA